UCUGUUCUAAACACAAAUCUCUCUCUCUCUCUCUCUCACUGAAACACAGAGAAUAUAGCUUAACAGUUUUCAUUUUCUAGAGCUUUUCAUUCUUUAACAGCUUUCUUGUUCUAACUAACUUUUUCUUGCGAAAUUGAUCAAACUUCUGUGACUGUUUCUGGCUGAUUUUCAGUGUUCUUUUUGGCUUUGGAGGGAAGCACCAAGAAUUCCUAGUCUGAUUCUCGAGAAAAAGAAAUAUGGCCAAACAGUAUCUAUGUUUGUGUCUUGUGGUAGUUGUCUUCUCGGCAACUCUGGCUUCACAAGCUAAGGCAUUUACCAAUCCACUUGAAGUCAGUGCUCUUCAAGAUCUCUACAGGACCCUGAACAACCCACCAGUACUGAAGGGAUGGAGAUUGGAUGGUGGGGAUCCCUGUGAGGAGUCAUGGACAGGAGUGUCAUGUUCUGAUUCAUCUAUUAUACACCUUAAAAUUCAAGGACUAAACCUCACUGGGUGGAUUGGAGACCAGCUUAAUAACCUGCAUCAUUUGAAGCACCUGGAUGUCAGCUACAAUAACAUUCAGGGUGGAAUUCCAUAUAGCUUACCCCCCAAUGCCACAAAUAUAAAUAUGGCAUUCAACUAUUUGAGCCAAAAUAUUCCCCACUCUUUACCGAUCAUGAAAUAUCUCCGACAUCUAAAUCUAAGCCACAAUUUGUUGUCUGGACCAAUUGGCAAUGUCUUUACUGGCUUACAGAAUCUCAGAGAGAUGGACCUAUCACACAAUAACUUUACUGGAGAUCUACCAAGUUCAUUUGGAUCUUUGACAAAUCUUACUAGAUUGUUCUUGCACAAUAACAACUUCACCGGAUCAGUCACCUACCUGGCUGAGCUUCCACUAACUGACUUGAACAUUCAAGAUAAUUCUUUCAGUGGCAUUAUACCAAAGCAUUUUCAGACAAUACCAAAUUUAUGGAUCGGGGGAAACAGGUUCCACGUAGGGGACAACUCUCCACCCUGGGAUUUUCCCCUGGAAACCGUGCCAAUUGAGCAAAAUAUUAGUACCCCUCCUACAACUCAGUCAAGUGCUGUUGAGAACUAUCCCCCUCACAAAGAAAGUGGACACAAGAAGAAAAGGCUGGGUCAUGGAGGAAUCGCUUUUAUGGUUGGUGGAGGAAUUCUGGUGGCAACAUGUGCAGCACUUGCCAUUGCAAUCAGCAUUAACCGAUCCCGUGCACAGAAGCAUAAGAUGUUGGAAAACAGCAAUAGAUCCCUGUGCUCUCUUCCUGUCAGUACUACAGCCAGAGACUAUUCUACUGCACCAGAAGAAAGCCCUCCAAUUUUGACCUUGAGAACUCCACCCAUUCGUAGUCCAAGGCGGAUACCUCCUAUUAACCACACCAGAAUCGAGAAAACAUCUAGAAGAAAAAGUUUCUCUAAGAAAUGCGGAAUCCUAGCACGAACUAAAAUUUACACUGUGGCAGAGCUUCAAUUAGCUACAAACAGCUUUAUUGAAGGGAACCUUCUUGGAGAGGGAUCUCUUGGUUCUGUUUACAAAGCUGAGUUUCCUGAUGGCCAAAUUUUGGCUGUGAAGAACAUCAAUAUGGUGGCACUUUCUUUCAAUGAAGAAGAACAAUUUAUGGAUGUGAUUUGGACUGCUUCCCGUUUGAGGCACCCAAAUAUUGUAACGCUUAUUGGCUAUUGUACAGAACAUGGACAUCAUCUUCUUGUGUACGAGUAUGUUAGAAACUUAUCUCUUGAUGAUGCUCUGCACUGUGAAACAUACAAGCCUCUGUCAUGGUGUCUCCGUCUCCACAUUGCUCUAGGUGUUGCUCGGGCUUUGGACUAUUUGCACUCCACAUUCUCGCCUCCUGUUGCUCAUAGCAACUUGAAGGCUGCCAACAUCUUACUUGAUGAAGAACUGACACCUCGUAUCUGUGAUUGUGGGCUAGCUGUUUUGAGGCCACUAACAAGCAAUAAAGUUAAAAUUAAGGCUUCUGAAAUUGCUAUUGGUGACACUGGCUACAUUGCACAUGAACAUGUCCAACCAGGAAUUGAUAACACAAAGAGUGACAUCUAUGCCUUUGGGGUGUUGCUUUUGGAGUUAUUAACGGGAAGGAAACCAGUUGAUAAUUCAAGAUCAAGGGAAGAGCAAUCUCUGGUGAAAUGGGCUUCAUCACGGCUUCAUGACAGUGAGAGUUUGGAACGCAUGAUUGACCCAGGCAUCAAACGAACAAUAUCCCCCAAGGCUCUCUCCCGUUUUGCUGACAUUGUCUCCCUCUGUGUACAGCCCGUGAAGGAAUUCCGACCUCCAAUGUCAGAAAUUGUGGAAUCACUUACGUCUAUGUUAGAAAAGCUCAGCAAGGCAAAAAGCGGCACAGCAGCCGGUAAUGAAGAGGAGGAAAGGUCUUUCAUCUCAAGCAAUACCCGCUUCAUGGGUUCACCUACAUUGAGCUAUUCAUCCCCUUGACCACUGAUUACCAGUUCAGAGACUGAAUUUACUGUAAGAUGCUUCAUGACAUUGCCAUAGUUGCUUUACAGUAACUUGAUUGCUCGGCAUGUUUUGUAAUUUUAGUUCAUUGCUCCCAUAGUUAGCAUCAAUGAUCUAAUAUUCAUUUGUACAGUUAUCAUAUCAUGCAAUGGCAGUUUAAAGCAUAAGGAUUCACUCUUUAA